GCUCCUCCUUCUCGUUAUCCCGCCGUACUGCGCCCGGCGCUCCUCCCGCCUUCUCAUUCCAAGUUCUCCACGCCCCGCCAGGCAUCAGCUCCUGCGCUCCGCCGGCGCCGGAAGCGCGGAUCCACCCGGACCUCGCUGGACUGAGGAUCUCUCGUAGAUGACUCGAGCUUCGACUAUUGAUUUUGGACGGAAGAAGCAGGGCGAGCUCUUUGGAUCAGGGCCACUGCGUCCAGCAAACAUCAUCAGAAAUAAAUUCCCUACCUUCAAGAAUGGUUCAAACGGGAUUAUUAUCAAAUUGCCGGAUAACCCAGAAAUUCCAUCUCUUAAGGAGGCUGUUGCCAAGGAGACAGCAGAUCUGCUUGAUAAGCAUCAGCGCCUUUCAGUCCGUGAGCUCACCAUGAAAUUUGAGAAGGGUUUUAACACAGCCACCCUGUUGUCUAAUGAGGUGAAAUGGAGACAUGCAGCUUUGUUGGAGCGAGACAUCCUUUUGAAGAAUCUAAAAAGUGUAUUGGAGUCGCUGAGAAGUCGAGUAGCCGGCAAAAAUAGGGAUGAAAUCGAGGAGUCUCUAUCUAUGGUGGAUAUUUUAGCAGUUCAGCUGUCCAAAAGAGAAGAUGAGUUACUUCAGCAAAAAGCAGAGGUCACAAAAAUAGCAGCCUCAUUGAAACUGGCUUCUGAAGAUGCCAAGAAAAUUGUUGAUGAAGAAAGAGCUAAUGCUCAGUUGGAGAUAGAAAAUGCUAAAGGUGCUGUUCAGAGAGUUCAACUAGCACUUAAAGAGCAAGAAAAUGUAUCUCAAAGAACUGGGAAGCAGGAUGUGGAUGAACUGAAGGAGGAAGUUCAAGAAGCACGAAGGGUGAAAAUGCUGCAUUGCCCAAGCAAGGCAAUGGAUAUCGAAAAUGAGAUUCAAGUUCUACGAGAUCAACUUGCUGAAAAAUCCUCAGAUUCUGUUCACAUUUUGAAAGAGUUGGAGCUGCACCGACGAUUUGAGGGAAAUGAUCUGCCUUUUUAUGUGUUAGAGGGUCUUGAAACCUUAGGUUCAAUGUUGCACAUAGUUGUUCGGGACAAUGCAUCUGUAGAUUUUUCAAAUUUUUCGAUCCAGUGGUUUCGCAUACAACCUGAAGGAAGCGUGAAAGAAAUCAUUUCAGGUGCCACAAAGCCAGUGUAUGCUCCGGAACCACUUGAUGUUGGGCGGUACAUCGAAGCUGAAAUAAAAUUUGGUGGUCACACCUCACUCGCAAAGACUGCAGGUCCAGUAGGCCCUGCUGCAGGAUUGGCCGAUUAUGUUGAGGCUCUUAUGAGGAAUCCUGAAACAAAUUAUAAUGUCGUUGUUCUUCAAGUGAAUGGAGUUGCUCAGCCUGCAGAUUCCCUUCAUGUUCUUUGCAUUGGGAGACUUCGGAUGAGACUCGCUAGAGGAAAGGCGGUUGUUGCAAAGGAAUUCUAUUCCUCGUUGAUGCAGCUGUGCGGUGUUAGAGGUGGUGGAGAUGCUGCCCCGCAGGCAAUCUUUUGGCAACCCAGAAAGGAGCUCAGUUUCGUGCUGGGCUUCGAAACAACCAGGGAACGCAACUCGGCCCUCAUGCUCGCCCGGAGAUUUGCCAUGGAUUGCAAUAUCAUCCUUGCUGGCCCAGGAGACAAAACUCCCUGACCACUCUGAAGACUGACAGCUUCCCGGAAUGUACAUCCCUGCACAUGCAGUAGUUAGAUACCUGAUCUGAUCUCUGAGUAGUAGGAUUCAGUGUAGCAGCGUAGUUAGUGCCUGGCGUUGGCACCGACCGAUUCAUUUCAGUUUAGCCACUAGUUGCAUUGUGGAGUAGUUACAGGAUCCAGCGCUGUGUAUUUCUGCCCCUGAACUCCUAGUACACCCAUAAAUCUGAUGUGCCUGUGUGUUCUCUA